ACUCUGACCAAAAUGCGAAUGGCACUUGAAGAAGAAGCUGCGUCAGAGGGAGGAAUUUCAACAAAUUACCGAGGAAAAAGGCUAGCAACGGGAGAAAAAAGCAGUGUGUGUGCUCUGGCUAGUGCAUAACUCCUCACCACACAGUGACACACAGCCGGGCAGGGAAACGGGACGUCGGAGAAAUCACAAACAACUGCCCAGAGGAUCCCACAAUACAUCCAUAAAGCCCAGGCACAGCGCAAAACAAACACAACGCAACACACACAACUCGAGGAGAGACCACAAGCAGCUUAGAUGAUGAGCAGCAGAACGGACACGGACGGGGCCUCGAUCAGAUUCAGUGACCACACUCUGGACAAGGCCACCAAGGCGAAGGUGACGCUGGAAAACUACUACAGCAACCUGGUGACGCAGUACGGUGAACGAAAGCAGCGCCUGGCCAAGCUAGAGGCCCAGUUGAAGGACGAAAGCCUGACAGAGUCGCAACGCCAGGAGAAGCGCCUUCAGCAUGCGCAAAAAGAGACGGAAUACCUGCGCCUUAAGCGUCUUCGGCUGGGAGUCGAGGAUUUCGAGGCGCUGAAAGUGAUCGGACGAGGUGCCUUCGGUGAGGUGCGACUUGUCCAAAAGAAGGACACAGGUCAUGUUUAUGCCAUGAAGGUGCUACGCAAGGCCGACAUGCUUGAAAAAGAGCAGGUGGCACAUGUACGGGCAGAGCGCGAUGUUCUCGUCGAGGCGGAUCACCAAUGGGUGGUCAAGAUGUACUACAGUUUCCAGGACCAAGUCAAUUUGUAUUUGAUAAUGGAAUUUUUGCCCGGUGGUGAUAUGAUGACCCUACUUAUGAAGAAGGACACUCUGUCCGAGGAGUGCACACAGUUCUAUAUCAGCGAGACGGCCUUGGCGAUCGACUCGAUACACAAGCUCGGUUUCAUACACAGGGACAUAAAGCCAGACAACUUGCUUCUCGAUGCGCGGGGGCACUUAAAGCUCUCAGAUUUCGGACUAUGCACCGGAUUGAAAAAAUCGCAUAGAACAGACUUCUACCGAGACUUGUCGCAGGCGAAACCAUCCGAUUUUAUUGGCACUUGUGCCAGUCCCAUGGAUUCAAAGAGACGAGCCGAGUCCUGGAAAAGGAACCGACGUGCCCUCGCAUACAGCACGGUGGGUACGCCGGACUACAUUGCGCCUGAAGUUUUCCUGCAGACUGGAUACGGACCCGCUUGCGACUGGUGGUCCCUUGGCGUCAUUAUGUAUGAAAUGCUUAUGGGUUAUCCGCCAUUCUGCUCGGACAAUCCGCAAGACACCUACCGCAAGGUAAUGAAUUGGCGCGAGACGCUGAUUUUCCCCCCGGAAAUCCCCAUAUCGGAGGAGGCAAAGGAGACGAUCGUGAACUUCUGUUGCGAGGCAGACCGGCGGCUGGGAUCCCAGCGCGGUCUUGAGGACCUCAAGUCGGUGCCUUUCUUCCGGGGCGUCGACUGGGAGCAUAUACGUGAGCGACCCGCGGCCAUUCCCGUCGAGGUGCGUUCCAUCGACGAUACUUCCAACUUCGACGAGUUUCCCGAUGUGUCGCUGGAAAUACCAUCGGCGCCAAUACCGCAGGGCGGUGAAAUCGCCAAGGACUGGGUCUUUAUUAACUAUACGUACAAGCGGUUCGAGGUGCGAAAUCUGGAGUGAAGCAGUAGCUGGAGCUUGGGCAGAGCUUGAUUGGAGCAGAAGCAGCAUGAUGUUUGCCGCACUUUGCCAACCAUUUUAUCACCACCACAGCCGUCGCAAUCGUCUCUCUAACACCAUCACCACCAAGAGCAUUCUCCACGCUAAACGAAAACCCAAUUUUCCUUUUUGAAUGUCUUACCUACAUGUGUAUUUAAAUACUAGCUAACAUUUGUGAUUCCAAACAAAAAGAUGAAUACGAGUAUGAUAACGAGAACAAACGAUGUAUUGUAUGUAAAAAGAAAACAUAUUGCUUAAAGCGUCACCCGCGCCUCGAGUUAGGUUAAACGCUAUACUAAUCCCCCCCAUUGUCCUUCCACAUUGGCUUUGUUUAACCCUAAUCUUAACCGUUUGAACGUUGUGUUUGUAAACCUAAAUCCUGAAUUAAGGACCCCUUUGGCAAUUUUUUAUAUAUAUAUACUAUAUUGUUUACUUCAUUGGGCAGCAGCAAAUUACCCAUAAAUUUAUUAUUUAGCCAAUUGAGAAAUGUUAUAAAUUUUAGGCACGUUUAUUGUACGUAUAUGUUUGUAUCAUUAUUAAUUAUAAAACACAAACACAUUAUACAUAAUGAAAUCCCCCUCAAGGUCUAUCUCAACAUACGGAUGCGGAUCGAAAAUCUAUCACACAAAUUAGUUACUAACGCCAAACAGCAACAAACGCAAUCUUAGACAGCGAAAUAAACAAAACUAUGUUUAAAUAUCGGUUUCGUUCUAUGUACACCCCUCCCCACCCACUCUCACGGAUCUAUAUAUAUAUAUAUAUAUAU